CGUAUGCCCUUAAGAACGUUGACCUUUCACCUUACAAAGUCCUCCAUAGUCCUGUGGUUAUGAAACACGUAAGAGUCAGUCCGAGCACUUGUUAGCACGUCUUACUCCAAAACUGCCGAAGGACAACAUCGGAUUUUUACAUCCGAAUCCCUCAGGGAAAGAAUGGGGAAGAAAGUGGCGGUGAUCGGCGCGGGUGCGAGCGGGCUGACGGCCAUCAAGUGCUGCCUGGACGAGGGGCUGCAGCCCGUCUGCUUCGAGAAGGGAACCGACAUCGGCGGACUCUGGAACUUCAAGGAAGAAGCCCUGCCCGGCUUUGCCAGCGUCUACCGCUCCACGGUCAUCAACACCAGUAAGGAGAUGAUGUGUUACAGCGACUUCCCCAUCCCCAAGGAGUACCCAAACUUCAUGCACCACUCCUGGGUCAUCAAGUACUUCAGACUGUACGCAGAUAACUUCGGACUCAUGAAGUAUAUCAGGUUUCACCACCACAUAGACCAAGUAAAACCCAGAGAAGACUUCUCACAGACAGGACAGUGGGAUGUCACCUACACAGACCAGGAGAAGAACGAGAGCAAGACUGAAGUGUACGAUGCAGUGAUGGUGUGUACAGGCCACCAUGUGUACCCACAUUACCCCAGGGACAGCUUCCCAGGGAUUGAAGACUUCCAGGGGAAGACUAUGCACAGUCAUGACUACAAGGACCACCUGGGGUUUGAGAACAAACGUGUCGUCAUCAUUGGGAUUGGGAACUCUGGGGGAGACCUGGCAGUGGAACUCAGCAGGCAUGCCAAACAGGUUUACCUCAGUACCAGGAGGGGGACAUGGGUGAUCAACCGCAUUUCAGAGGGUGGUCUCCCAGUCGACAUUGUAGGAAACAGGCGCCUGUUGCAGUGUGUGCCUGCAUCAGUAAAAGAAGCCGUCAGUCGCCAUCAGCUGAACCAGCGUUUCGACCACGCCUUGUACGGCCUCCAACCCGAGCACAACGUCUUCGGACAGCAUCCCAUGGUGAACGAUGAUCUCCCAAACCGCAUCGUUACGGGUUCUCUUAUCAUCAAGCCCAACAUCACGCACUUCACCAAGACCGGCGUCAUUUUUGACAACGACACAGUUGAAGAUGACAUUGACAUUGUCGUCUUUGCCACAGGUUAUCGGUUUGACUUCCCCUUCAUCGACAAGUCUGCGGUGAAAGUGGAGAACAACCAGGUCAACCUCUACAAGUACGUCUUCCCUCCCAAGCUGGACCCCCCCACGCUCUGCAUCAUUGGUCUCAUCCAGCCUCUGGGCGCCAUCAUGCCGAUCUCAGAAAUACAGUGCCGCUGGGCCACCAGGGUCUUCCAGGGGACCACCAAGCUCCCACCGCAAGGCGCGAUGUUUGACGACAUCAGGAAGAAGAAGAUGGAAAUGUCCAAACGGUACUACAACACCCCGAGGCACACCGUCCAGGUAGACUACAUUCCCAUCAUGGAUGAAAUCGCCGAGCAAAUCGGAGUCAAACCUAACAUCAAACGCCUUCUGCUGUCCGAUCCUCGCCUCGCUCUCACCGUCUUCGCCGGUCCCUGUACGCCGUACCAGUUCCGUUUGAUGGGGCCGGGCGCUUGGAAGGGUGCGAAGGAGGCAAUCGAAACACAGUGGGACCGGAUCGCGUACCCAACCAAAACACGCCCGGUUCCUGAGAGGAAGGCCAAUGGGGUACCGGAAAUGGCCAAGAGGGUCGCCAUAAUUGGAGCGGGUGCGAGCGGGCUGACGGCCAUCAAGUGCUGCCUGGACGAGGGGCUGCAGCCCGUCUGCUUCGAGAAGGGAACCGACAUCGGCGGACUCUGGAACUUCAAGGAAGAAGCCCUGCCCGGCUUUGCCAGCGUCUACCGCUCCACGGUCAUCAACACCAGUAAGGAGAUGAUGUGUUACAGCGACUUCCCCAUCCCCAAGGAGUACCCCAACUUCAUGCACCACUCCUGGGUCAUCAAGUACUUCAGACUGUACGCAGAUAACUUCAGACUCAGCAAACACAUCAAAUUCCGCCACCAUGUGGACCACGUGAAGCCGAGACAGGAUUUCUCUCAGACCGGGCAAUGGGACGUUACUUACACAGAUGAGGAAAAAGGUCAGACCAGCACGGAGAUGUUUGAUGCAGUGAUGGUGUGCAUCGGGCACCAUGUGUACCCACAUUACCCCAGGGACAGCUUCCCAGGGAUUGACGACUUCCAGGGGAAGAUUAUGCACAGCCAUGACUAUAAGGACCACCGUGGUUUUGAGAACAGACGUGUCGUUGUCAUUGGUAUCGGGAACUCCGGUGGCGAUGUCGCUGUGGAACUCAGCAGGCAUGCCAAACAGGUCUACCUGAGUACCAGACGAGGAACCUGGGUCUUGAACCGAGUAUCAGACCACGGUCUCCCCCUGGACAUAGUUCAAGGUAGGCGCGCUCAGAAGGCCUUCUUCAGCUGGCUUCCCCUUUCCCUGGGGCUGAAGCUGGUACAGAACAGGCUGAACCAGCGCUUUGACCACGCCUUGUACGGUCUUCAACCCGAGCAUCACGUCUUUGCUCAGCAUCCGACGGUCAAUGACGACCUGCCAAACCGCAUCGUCACGGGCUCCCUCGUCGUCAAGUCCAACAUCACGCGCUUCACCAAGACCGGAGUCGUUUUUGACAACGACACGGUUGAAGACGACAUCGACGCCGUCAUCUUUGCAACCGGUUACCGCUUCGACUUCCCCUUCAUCGAUCGGUCUGUCAUGAAAGUGGAGAACAACCAGGUCAAUCUCUACAAGUACGUCUUCCCUCCCAAGCUGGAUCCCCCCACGUUGAGUAUCAUCGGUCUCGUCCAACCUCUUGGCGCGGUCAUGCCGAUCUCUGAGAUGCAGUCCCGGUGGUCCACCAGGGUCUUCAAGGGCAUCGACAAGCUCCCGCCGCAAGUCUUGAUGUACGACGACAUCAGACAGAAGGCGGUUGCCAUGUCCAAGCGUUACUACUCAUCUCCACGGCACACCAUCCAGGUAGACUACGCUCCAUACAUGGAUGAGCUCGCCGAGCAGAUCGGAGUCAAGCUUGACUUCAAGCGUCUCUUCUUCUCCGACCCCCGUUUGGCCCUACAGUGCUACUUCGGGCCGUGCACGCCGUACCAGUACCGCCUGGUGGGGCCUGGGGCUUGGAAGGGCGCCAAGGAGGCGAUCCAGACGCAGUGGGACCGGAUCACUUUCCCGACCAAGACGCGGCCCGUCAAAGUUGGGAGGCGCGGAAUGCCAGGAAUCCUUAAGCUUCUCAUCCUGUUGGUUCUAGUCGUGGCCAUUCUUUUCAAACUGUUUUAGAUGGAUAUAAAACCGGCCAGUAAAACACCAAUAUUUAAACAAACAAACAAACAAACAAACAAACAAAUCAAUACUAUAC